AUCUUUUCUUCACCUACUUGCCGUGCUCAGGGUUGGAUUGUUUGACAGUAAAGCAUCCCAAUACUCUGGUUUUCUGGCCCUUCGAAGUUGGAAGCUCAUCUGCAUAAACCAUGGCGUCGUUUCUACUGGGCAAAACUGUCGACCAGGAACUCGAUUCGUUAUUCAAAUCAGCUCCUAAACCCGUUCCGUCGACGUCCGAACCAGUGAAAGAUACCGUUAUCACCACCACGACCGCGGCACCACAGCCCAAAGGGGGGAAGAAACGCAAAACGGACGAUGGAGAGAAUGAGACCGAGAAGGAGAAUGAGAAGAGGAGCAAGAAGGUGAAGAUUGCGGAGACCACCACCGCCAAAAUGCCCAAAUCGUCUUCGACUCCCGCUUCUGCCAAGGACAAGGAUAAGGAAAUGGGCAAGAAAUCCAAGAAGAAGAAUAUGGAGAAGGAGAAAGCGGGGAAACAGGAUGUUCUCGAAGAUGAUAGCGAGGACGACGAGGAGCUGGCCAAGAUCGAGGAGCGGUAUCUCGCUGGGCGAGCCAAGUCUAGUGGCGAGAAGAAGAAGGGGAAGAAAUCAUCCAAGUCCAAGGACAAGAACGAGGACAAGAACAACGACGAGGAGGACGAGGACGAUGAAAAGGAUGCUCCCGCUUCAGACGACGAGGCCUCUGCACACUCAGAUUCGGACUCGGAUUCAGACGAGGAGGACGAAGACGACGGUUCGAUACCAGUCCACGAAUCCCUCAAAGACACCGCCUCUCAACCAUCCAAACCAACCCGCUCGAAGAAAAAGUUCGUCGUCCCAGCGGACGAGACGCCUGAAAAACGCGAUAAGCGGACGAUUUUUGUUGGGAAUUUGCCUCUGGCUGUUGCUGAGAAACGACCCCUCCAAAAACAACUCCAAAAACACAUCCUUGCCCUCGUUCCGACAGCCAAAAUCGAGUCCCUCCGGUUCCGCUCAGUUCCCUUCCAAGCUCCUACCGCUAAACUGCCCGACGACGGCACCGACAAACCCACCGACAAACCCAAACCCAAACCCCGCCAACACGAACUCGACCGUGCGUCUACCUGGCGAUCCUCCAAAGACUCCUCUCUUCAAGACAAGAAGGACGAAGACGCCUUGAAGAAGGACGAAAAACGCUACCUCACGCCGAGCCAAAAGAAGAAAAUUGCGUUUAUCAACCAAGAGUUCCAUGCCAACGCCGAUACGGUGAAUGCGUAUAUUGUUUUUGCGCACCCCGUGGACCAGUCGACGAGGCCGAAGAAUUUGCCGCCGUUGCCUGUUACGAUGUGUCCGUAUGAGGCGGCGAAGGUGGCGGUGGAGAGGUGUAAUAAUACGGUGUUUAUGGAGAGGAUUAUUAGGGUUGAUCGGGUUGGGAAGGUCAAAGGGAGUGGGAGGAAGGGUGCAGAGGAGGAUGAGGAUGGGGAGGAGGCGAGGCCGAUGGUGGAUGCGGACCCCAAGCUCUCGAUUUUCGUUGGUAAUUUGGAUUUUGAGAGUAAGGAGGAGGAUUUGAGGGUGUUUUUUGAGACGUUGUUGGUGGCUGAGAAGGGUGCGCCUGGUGGAGAGGGUGAGGAGACGAUUGAGGUGGAUGGGGUUGUGAUUAAGAAACCGAAGACGUGGGUUACGCAUGUCAGGAUUGUGCGUGAUAGGGAUACGCAGCUUGGUAAAGGGUUCGCGUAUGUUCAGUUCGCGGACAAAGACUGCGUAGACGAAAUCCUCGCGAUGGACCCCACCAAAGUCAAAUUCGCCAAACGCAAGCUCCGGGUGCAGCGGUGCAAAUCCGUUCCCGGCACCUCGCUCAAAAUUAAAUCCCUUCCUCCUCCCUCCUCCUCCAAGCAACCCGGCAAAUCGCUCGCACCAGGUCUGCCACAGCCUAAAGACCAACGACGCUUCUCGCAACCGGCGACGCCGAUCCAGGUGCCGAAAGGUGAUCCGAACCUUGGUGAACGGUUGGCGCACCUUUCGAAGGAGGAUAGGAAGAGUGUGAAAGCUAAGGAUGCGGAGAGGGUGGCGAGGCGGUUGGCGAAGAAGAAGGCGAGGAUGGCGAUGGGUGGGAAGGUGGUUGGAGGAGGUGGCAAGGAUGGGAAGGAGAGGGAGAGGGAUAGGAGUAGGAAGGGAGGGAAGAAGGUGGUUAAUACUGGGAGGAAGACGGGCAAGCCGAGGGUUAGGAGUGAGAAGGCGAUGGGGAAGAGGAAUAUGAAAAAGGAUUAG